AUGUUCAGUACUGGAAGAAAAAAAUUUAAUGCGUCGAAUGAUAUCCUCACCAAUGAUGUUCCAUCAUCAUCAGAUGAGAAAAAAGAAAGUACAUUUAAAGUAAACUGCUUCAAUUGUGAUGGGGAACACAGUUUUCAAGACUGUGAAUUACCUCUGGACCAUCAAAGGAUAGCUGCAAAUCGAGCAGUGCAUUUCAAUAAUAAACGUGUAACACAAGAACGUUACACCAGUGCUGGUGAAAUUGGAUCUAACAGUUCAUUGAAAUUGCGGCCUGGUGAAAUAAGUGAUACUUUGAGAGAAGCUUUGGGUAUUGGUCGCAGUGAUAUUCCAGAAUGGAUUUAUCGAAUGCGUCGAAGGGGCUUUAUCGAUGGUUAUCCACCAGGAUAUUUAGCGGAGGGGCAAACUAGUAAGCUUCGAAGCUCUACGCUGGCUGUCGAUAAAAUAAUUGCAUAUCCUGGUUUUAAUUACUAUAAUCGUAAUCUCAAUGAUUGUGAAUGUUUUCGAGUACCAAGAUUCACAGAAUAUAUUAAAUAUCUUCAGGAGUACGUUGGGGCGAUCUAUAUGGUGAACAUUUUUCUACAUUCGUGUGUUUUUAAACGAAAUUGAAU